AUGGCGGACACCAAGACGAUACCUUCGAGGUCGGCGACCAUGAAGACCACCUCCACCGCCGACGAGGCCGUCCCCGAAGUCGACCCUACCAGCACCGCCGGACUGCUCGCAGAGCGUCUCCAAGCCUGGAAACACGCCGUCGGAUACCUGGAGGACUACAUGGAGGCCGUCGAAAAGAUUCACAGGGCUCAGUCGAAGGAGUACGAGAAGGCCCUCAAAGUCAUCUCUCACCCCCUUAAGGAGGGCCACCACUUCGACCAAAGUCUUGGCGGAGUCGCGGGCUACUUUGAGAACAUGCGCUCCAACACUCAGGCGAUUAUUAACACCAAUCUCGAGACGGAGAAGAGCAUCAAGGGUUCGGUUCUUCCGGUCAUGGACCGCUUGCAUAAGGAGAUCAAGCACAAGGGCAAGGAGCUGGCACACGGUGCCCAGAAGGGCGCCAAGGAGGUCGAGAAGGCCCGCAACAUUACCCAGAAGCACAUUGAGCUUCUCGGCCAACAGACCGCCGCUUUCGAGUCCGCCGGCGGCAAGAUGCACGGUUCCGACGACCCGUACGUCGUACACCGCGGUGUUCUGCACAGACUCCACAAGCAGGUUCUCGAGGAGAACAACAACCGAAACGAUUUGAUCGCGGUCCAAAACAACUUCGAGGCCUUCGAGGCUCAUGUUAUCGAGGUCAUUCAGCAGGCCAUGGAGGCUUUCAUUCAAUUGACCGGAGGCCAAGCUGAGAAGACGCGCGCUUUGUACUCGGAUAUGCUCGGCGCCAUCCAGCGUGUCCCCCACGAUCUGGAGUGGAAGGGCUUCGUCAGCCGCAGCGGUGAACGUCUGGUCAACCCGAACGAUGCCCCGCGAUCGGUUGAGUCUGUCACUUUCCCCAACAUGGACCACCCUGGCGUCAAGCCUCUCAUCGAGGGGUCCUUGGAGCGCAAGUCGCGUAACAAGUUGUCCUGGGGCAUGUCCACCGGUUAUUACGUCGUGACCCCGGCCAAGUUCUUGCACGAGUUCAAGGACUCUGACAAUGCCCGCCACGAUCCCAAGCCAGACUUGUCCAUCUACUUGCCCGAUGCCGUCAUCGGCCAACCUAGCGGAGACAAGUUCAACGUUAAGGGCAAGGACAAGAGCGGAUCGAUGAGCGCCAAGCUCAGCGGCAGCGCGGAGCUGGCUUUUAAGGCACACACUCCCGCAGAUGCUCAGAAGUGGUUCGAGGUUAUCAAGAACGUUGCGGGUGCCACAGGCCCUGCCGAGACCUCCGCACCCACCUCUCCAGUCGUGGCCUCCGACGAGAAGUUCGCCGCCGUUUCUCCGACAGUCACCACGGGAUCGGGUAGCCACCACGCCCAAGAAGCUGGCGUCACUGGAAACGAUCCUACUGCCAGCCCAGAAAUCAUGAGCCCCGUUGACGGUCCUUCUUCAGCCUCUGCCAUUCCCGCGGCCAAGACACCAGUCGCACCGGUCGACGAGAAGAAGGCUUGA